CCUCCUGCUUCCGGGAACGCGCAGUCGCGGAGCCCAGGUGGCGGAGUCGGAGCAAUGCUGCUCUUCUGUCCGGGAUGCGGAAACGGGUUGAUUGUGGAGGAGGGCCAGCGCUGCCACCGCUUCGCCUGCAACACUUGCCCCUACGUGCACAACGUCACCCGCAAGGUAACAAACAGGAAGUAUCCAAAGCUGAAAGAAGUAGAUGAUGUGCUUGGGGGAGCAGCUGCCUGGGAGAAUGUUGACUCUACGGCAGAGCCAUGUCCCAAAUGCGAACAUCCUCGAGCUUACUUCAUGCAACUCCAGACCCGCUCUGCAGAUGAGCCCAUGACCACUUUCUACAAGUGCUGCAAUGCUCAGUGCGGACACCGCUGGAGGGACUAGGCCCAGUUACACAGUGGACGCCCAGCGGGAUACGAAUCAUGUGUUCUGAGGGUCUUCGCUGGUGUAAUGGAAAGUUCGCCCCUUGGGAUGGAAGACCAGGGUGUCAGGAAAUGGAGCCCGCCUGCCAGUCAGGGAGUUGCUGUGUGUGGGGAGGAGACCCAUAGAGAAGUGUGCUGGGUUUAAAGUCCUGCUCAUUCGCCUUUUACACUAGGCAGAUGACAUUUUCUCACCACCAAUGAAUACUCCACUGUUUGCACAACUUAGUACUUUACAUUUUCCUAAAUAUUUAACUGUAACCAAAACUUGUUUUGAAUGUCUCAUAAAAAUGAAGUUUAAUACUAUUUUCUCAGUGUUUUAAAUAUUUUAAGAAACACCAAACCCCAAAGCACAUUGAUCUCUCCACAUCAGCCCUCCUGCCUCAGUCUUCUUAGUUGCUACUGCUUCCUUUUUUUUUUUUUUUUUUUGUGGUGCUGGGAUUGAACCCAGGGCCUUGUGCAUGCGAGGCAAGCACUCUACCAACUGAGCUAUGUCCCCAGCCCUACACUGGACUUCUUAUUUCAUUUUUUAAACUUUCCUUGAAUAGCUUCCUGGGGUUGCAAUAAAUAAAUAAAUAAAUGUGUUAGCACGCUUU